AUGGAGCUCAAAUUACCCUCUUUUGCAAACCUUUUCACCUUCUUCCUCUUUGUGUUUAUGUUGUUGAAGAUAUUUGCAAAAAGGGCAAAAAUCGUCAGCUCAUCUUCAAAACUACCCCCAGGAACAAGGAAGCUCUCCUUUGUGGGAAAUAUGCUCCAGCUUCUUGGUUCCGAUUUAGCUCAUCAUACAUUUAGAGACUUGGCAAUUAAACAUGGACCCUUUGUGUACCUGAAGAUCGGACAAGUUCCAACUGUAGUAGUUUUAUCACCGGAGUUCGCCAAGGAGGUCUUGAGAACCCAUGACACUAAUUUUGCAUUUAGGCCCCGGAUACUUUUCUCACAGAUUGUGUUAUAUGAUUGUAAUGACAUUUCCUUCGCUCCGUAUGGUGAAUUUUGGAAACAGCUACGAAAGAUUUGUAUGCAAGAGCUCUUAAGCACAGCAAGAGUUCAAUCUUUCAAACGCAUUAGAGAAGAAGAGGUGUUCAAUCUUAUGGAAUGGGUUGCUUCAAAUGUUGGAUCUGCUAUAAAUCUCACAAAGAGAAUACAAUAUACAACAUAUAGCAUCAUUUCGUGGGCAGCCCUUGAUGGUGAUUCCGAGCAACAUCUUACAUCCAAAUAG